GGCAGGCAAACUGAGCAGAUAGUUAUGGUUGGUUGUUGGCUUGCUAUGAAAGAGGUGAGCCUUCUUUUGGGAACAAUAAUAAGAAAGGUUCCUUUACCUACUUCAGAUGUUUCUGAAUCAGGUUUCCAAGUUGUUCAUGAAACUGAUUUAUCCAAUACGAAGUCUGGCGCAAUGCUUGAUCUGAAACAACUCGAGGUAAUUGGCAACUAUUUCUUGGAAGUCCUUUUGAAAAUGAAGCAUAAUGGUGCUAUUGAUAAGACAAGGGCUGGAUUUACUGCUCUUUGCAAUCGAUUACUUUGUUCGAAUGAUUCAAGACUUUGUAAGUUGACUGAGUCUUGGAUGGAGCAACUUAUGGAACGAACAGUAGCCAAGGGACAAACAGUGGAUGAUCUCCUAAGGAGAAGUGCUGGUAUUCCUGCAGCAUUUAUUGCUUUCUUCCUUUCAGAGCCGCAGGGCACACCAAAAAGGCUUUUGCCUAGGGCAUUACGAUGGUUAAUAGAUGUUGCUAAUAAGUCUUUAACAGAUCAUACUGAAGCAAACAGUUUCAGUGCUGAUGCCUGCAAUGGUUUUGUGGAGGCAAAAAGUCCAGCUAAUUUUUCUGAAGUCGCCCCUGAUAUAUAUCACGCUGAAAGGAUUUCGAAGAUUCGAGAUGAGGGUGUUAUUCCUACUGUGCAUGCUUUCAAUGUCCUUAGAGUUGCUUUUAAUGAUACCAACCUAGCAACUGAUACAUCGGGUUUUUCUGCUGAGGCUUUGAUUAUCUCGAUACGGUGUUUCUCUUCUCCACAUUGGGAGAUACGGAACAGUGCCUGUCUUGCUUAUACUGCUUUGGUUCGUCGCAUGAUUGGAUUUCUGAAUGUGCACAAGCGAGCAUCAGUCAGGCGUGCUAUAACAGGGCUUGAAUUCUUUCAUAGGUACCCUCCCUUGCAUUUGUUCUUAUUUAAUGAGCUAAAAAUUGCAACUGAGUCACUUUUGGAUGGAUCAUCUGAACAUUUAAGGUCCAGCAUGGCUAAAGUUGUGCACCCCAGCUUAUGUCCAGUCCUGAUUCUCUUAUCUCGACUCAAACCUUCUCCAAUUGCAAGUGAAGCUGGAGAUCCCCUGGAUCCUUUCCUGUUCAUGCCACUCAUCAGGAAAUGCUCAGUCCAGAGCAAUCUUCGUAUUCGUGUUUUCGCAUCAAGAGCUCUAACAGGUUUAGUGUCUAAUGAAAAGCUUCCAUUUGUCCUCCUAGAUAUUGCCUCCGAGUUACCUGGUGCUGGCGAGCACGUCGAGAAUUCUGAUUCGUCUCUCUCUUCCAUUAGAGUAAAUAGCUCUUUUAAUUCACUUCAUGGGAUGUUAUUACAGUUGAACUCUCUUCUAGACACAAACUGCAGAGAUCUAGCUGAUGUUUCCAAAAAAGAUAAUAUUCUUGCUGAAUUGAUUCAUAUUCUUGCUUCACGCUCAUGGAUUGGGAGUCCUGAGCAAUGUCCUUGCCCAAUUAUCAACAGCUGCAUUUUGAAGGUGCUAGAUAGCAUGCUAAGUGUUGCAAGAACAUGUCAAAUGAGCGACAAUAUUGAUGUCAUUUGGAACCUCCUUUGGCGGCUAUCUUCAGAAUGUUUAGAUUUAGGAGUGGCUUGUGCACCAACAUAUUUUGAUCCAACCAUCUCAGAACUUCGGAAGCAAGCUGCAAGUUCAUAUUUUAAUUGUGUUUACCAAACAUCUAAAGAAGUUGCUGAAGAGUAUCUGUUAAUACCAUCAGGAGGCCCUCCUUCUGGUUCAAACUUAUCAAAGAUAUCUGUAAAUGAAAUUUCUUUCAGCAGAUUCCAGGAAAGGCUAAUACGUUCGAUCUCUGACACUUCAUAUGAAGUUCGGAUUGCAACACUGAAGUGGUUUCUUUUAUUUCUCAAGUCACCAGAAUAUAAUGAGAUAAAGAGAAGUUGCUUCACCAGCGUCGAUCUCCAGACCUGUGUGAUGAAGCUUUUAACGUUGGACAAUAACCAUAAAUGUUUGAAUUACAUUCUGAAGAUUAUCUACAGCUGGAGUCAGCAGGAGUAUCAUAAUAAUGGAGAAGAGUGUGCAGAUCCUAAAUUUUUUGGUGAUAUGGAUAGCGAGUCAGUGCUCCAGUUCUGGGACAAGGUGGUUUCCUUAUACAAGGUCACUAGGCAUUCAAAGACUCGAGAGAUGCUUCUUUGUUGCAUGGGGAUUUGUAUAAAGCAAUUUGCUAGCUCGCUUAGUAUUUCAGUUGUAGAUUUGCAAAAUGUCAAAGCUGGUGAAUUCAACCCCCAUGAUCCAUCUGAUCCAUCUAAAUUAUCUGUCUUUUACGAGUGCAUCAGCUAUUAUGUAGACCUAAUUGAACAACACACUGAUGCGUCAGAGCCUGUAAACAUGCGUAGGGCGGCUGCAGAGUCUAUGAUAGCAUCUGGUUUGUUGGAUCAAGCCAAAGUUAUUGGUCCUUCAGUCUACAAUAACCAAAUUCCUGAUGGCAAUUUCUGCUCCUCGUUCAAGCAAGAAAAGGUGGUUAAUAUGUAUGCCCAUAAAAUCCUGGAUUUAUGGUUUUCAUGCAUUAGGCUUCUCGAGGAUGAAGAUGAGAGUCUUAGGAGAAAACUCGCCUUAGAUGUCCAGAAUUGUCUUACAUCUAAAAGAUCUGAAAGAAGCUUCGUGACAGGAGUGGUCCCAAGCCAAGUAGAACAAGUGAUCGAGAGGAGCUUCAAGCAUCUCUCAUCAAUUUUUGGCCACUGUCUUGACUACCUUGACUUCCUUUGCCGCAGGGUUCUAGAUUCUGCUAACCAUGCUUGUUUUAUUUCCGAAGGAGAUCUUGUUAAACGUGUCUUUGACAAGGAGAUUGACAACCAUCAUGAAGAAAAACUGUUGAUCUGCCAGAUAUGCUGUUUUCAUUUGGAGAAACUUCCAGCUUCAAGAUUUUUGUUAAUUGAACCCUGUAACGUACAUGAGGUGAAAGACUUCUUGCAGAACUGGAGGAGGAGGUUUGCACAGAAGUUGGUAUUAUUUGCCAAAGACUAUGUUGUUGCACAGGGAGGAGCUGAUUGGAUUGGUGGGGUUGGUAACCAUAAAGAUGCCUUCUUACCUCUCUAUGCAAAUUUACUUGCCUUUUAUGGCUUGUCAAACUGUAUUUUUAAGGGGAAACAAGACGAUAGAAAGUUGAUGCUCCCUGAAGUUGAAGAAAUUGGUGAGGCCAUACAACCGUUCCUUUCAAACCCAUUUUUAUCUAAUUUAUUCUCAUUGGUGGUUAAGUUACAUGACAAGAUGAUCGGUGAAGGUUCGUGUGAUUUUAGCCAAAAGAUCAUUGAUGAGUCAGCUUGGGAUUCUUUUGAUCGUUAUUUUCUUCUAAGGUAAGUCUUGCUUUUGGGAUCGCGGAUUAAUAGAAUUUUGUAUGAAAGUUGUAGCUUGAUCAUUGUAUACUAGCUAAUUGAUAUGUGUAAAAAUGUUAUAAGGGUUGUGAUUCUUUUCGGAAGCUUAAGUAUGAUGAUCCCUAUUCUAGAUUUAUUGAUUA